GAGGCCAGCGGUGGGAGCGAUGGGGGAGGGCCGGCGCUGGCGGGGUGGGCUGUCCCGGUCCGUCCCGGUCCGUCCUGUCCCGUCCGGUGUCGGCGCGGCUGAUGGAGGAGCUGUACGCUCGCAUCGAGGCCCUGGAGCGGCGGCUGGAGCGGGCGGAGGAGGCGCUGAGGGGCUGGGAAGCCUGGGGGCUGCGGUUGCCCUCGGUGCCGGUGACUUUCAAGGAUGUCUUUGUGGAGUUCAGCGGGGACGAGUGGGCCCUCCUGGAUGAUGAGCAGAAGGAGCUGCAUCGGAGCGUGAUGCAGAGCAACUGUGAAAUGCUGUUGUCCCUGUACUGUGACCUAGCCAAGCCUGAAGAUUUAUUGCAGAUGGAAAGAGGAGAGCCAUGCGUGCCAGCAGAGCCAGACCUGGAGGGCACAGCGGUGUCCCUGAAGCCGGGUGCAGAGCCCGUUGGUCCUGGCUGUGCGAGCAGUGAAGCCCUGCUGCAAGUGGAGACAGAGCAGUCUCCUAAGGGGAGAUGCAGGAACCCGGAGGACAGCAGGAGCCCAUCGGAUGCACCUGACAGUAGUGCACCACACGUUCCUCAGGAAGCCAUAGGUGCUCCAGCAGACCUCAGCCACCCAGCUGCCUCCCGUCCCUGCCCCAUCCCCACCUGCUGCCAGGAAGUGCUGACCCUGAGCCUGCCUCCGUCUCCUCCCCCUGCAGCAGCAGGUGCCGACGUGGGGAUCCCAGGAGAGGUCCUGCAGGAGGGGAUCGGCGCCGAGGAGGGUCUGCAAAAGGAGGACGUGGGAGGUGCAGGGAACCGUGGCCAGUAUCCAGCAGCAGAUGCUCCUGCAGAGCCGAGCAGGGAGGAGAUGCCAGACCUUUGCCAAACAGCAGCACGUGUGGAGCCCGGCGGCUCGGCUGGCCUGCUGGGAAAGCCAGAGGAGAGCGUGGGCAGAACCGCUGCCUGCCAGCGAAACUCCUCCCGGGAGAAGUUCUACAGGUGCAUGGUGUGCGGGAAGAACUUCCUGCUCAAGAUCAACCUCAUCAUCCACCAGAAGAGCCACAGCAACUGGGUGCCCUACGUCUGCAUCGAGUGCGACCAGGCCUUCACGUCCAAGAAGAAGAUCAGGCGCCACCUGCGGAUCCGGGCGGCCACGGGGUUCUGCCCACCCUCCGGCACCGAGGGGGGCUCCAGCCUGGCGCCCUGCAGGGCUGCUCAGCCCCACGGCCGGGGCAGCAGCACCAGGGAGCAGUGGGAGAGGCCCAACCCCAACCUGUUCCCGCCGCCUCCUCAGAAGAUCACGUAUACCUGCAUGGAGUGCAUGGAGAACUUCUCCAGCCAGAGCUUUCUGGUGCUGCACCAGAGGACGCACGCUAACCGCCAUCACUUCACCCUGUGUCUGUGCUGCAAUAGGAGCUUUGUCUGGGCCUCCCAGUUCGUCCGCCAGAGCGCCGCGGGCAGGAAGGGCUACUGGUGCAGUGAGUGCCAGAAAGCCUGCAAGCGGCUCCGCCGCCCGCGUGGGCACCGGAAGACCGACGUGAGAAGGGGGAGCCCACACGAGUGCAGCAGCAAACUGCCUCUGCACGUUGAGCCCGUGUAGGUGAGGAGGGCGAGGGGUCGCCUCUGGGGAUGGGGCCGCUGCCGGCCCUUCUCCUCUCUCCAUCCUCGGCUGUGGGCUCUGGGCGCUGUGGUUGGAGCUCAUCCCACCCUGCCUGGCAUCCAUGGCUGCGUGCUGCUGGGGCCUUAGGGCGGGAGGAGCGGCUGCGAGGAGCUGGUUUGGGGCUCUGUGGGAGUCAGGGUGCUCCCCACAGCUCCGCUGUGCUGCUGCUGGGAAACCUCCGGCUUUGUUACCUUUCUGAGGACACCCUGCAGCGCAUCCGUGUCCCAUCACAGCGUCCCAUAUCUGUGCCCUUCUCGGAGCUCCUCUGCUGGGCCGGGUGCUGCUGCUGGCCUGGGGGCUCCCCCUGCCUGGAUGCCACCUUGGGGCCAUUUUAGAGCUGUGAGGGGGAAGAAUUUCGGGGUAAAGCGGUGGAAGUGGAGGGAGCGCUCCGUGCCGGGUGGGCGCUGCUGGUGGGCAGUGGGGGCGCGAGGGUGGGUUGUGAUGGUAAAUGGUGUGUGUUGGAACAUAACGUGGGGAGGGGGCCGUGCCGCGGGGCAGGCCGGUUAAUUGGUUAAUUAAAGCAGUCCUGGGAA